AGUCACAAUGAACAAUAGCAGUUUGCACAAUUCUAUCGCAGCCGGCACCUCUAACAAUUCUCUGUACAAUUUUUACAACAAAGUAUUUUGGGAAUUUUCUGAUACUAGAACGAGAGAUUGGUUCCUACUGUCCUCGCCAAUCCCUGGUAUCGGUAUAUUGGCUGCCUACUUAUACUUCGUAUUAUCAUGGGGACCACGACUUAUGGCACACCGUAAGCCAUUUGUGUUGAAGAACGCUUUAAUCGUCUACAAUUUUCUCCAAGUUGUCCUUAGUACUUGGCUUUUUUACGAGGGUCUCGACGGCGCUUGGCUCAGAUAUUACAGUUGGAAGUGCGAACCUGUUGAUUUUUCAAAUACACCCCAAGCACUCAGGAUCGCAAGAGGUGUUUACGUUUACUUUUUGGCAAAACUUACAGAACUUUUGGACACAGUCUUUUUCGUAUUACGUAAAAAAAAUACACAGAUUUCUUUCCUUCAUAUGUACCAUCAUACUGUAAUGCCAAUGGCCUCAUGGGGUGCAGCAAAAUAUUAUCCCGGUGGUCAUGGGACAUUUAUAGGUGUCAUUAAUAGCUUUGUUCAUAUUAUUAUGUAUACGUAUUACAUGCUGACCGCUAUUGGACCGCAGUUCCAAAAGUAUCUCUGGUGGAAAAAGUACAUUACGACGUUACAAAUGGGUCAAUUUUGUCUGGCAUUUCUGCACAGCUGUCAGCUUCUCUUUUAUGAUUGCGAAUAUCCAAAAUGGUCCUUAAUAUUCAUUCUUCCAAACGCCAUAUUCUUUUACUUCCUAUUUUAUGAAUUCUACAACAAAGCUUAUACGUCUGAUGCUAGCGCUAAGAAAAAGAAAAACGACGACGAUGACGUAGAUUUUAAUCUGACGAAUGAUAAGUCAUCGCAUGGAAGCAUCUCUAAUGGGGAAUUUGCGUAUAAUUGCACUAAUUAUGAGAAAACGUACAAGCAGGAAAAUAGUACAUCCGACGAAAAAGAAGUUAUCAAAAAUCCAAUUUCGUAA